CUGAAGACAGUAAGUUGCUACUGCAGCCCAUGGAAACUUGCAGCUAACGUCAAACUAAGAAAGUCGUUGUCAACUCUACAGACUGAGAUGGAAUACUUUACAGCCGUUAUUUAUAUCGGUUGUAGCCCCAACCUCGCACUUUGCGAUUUUUAUUUAUUUCCGAAAAUAAAAGAAAAACUUCGAGGAAAACAUUUUAUGGACGCCGAGGAAGCAAUGGCUGCAUUUCAAAAUGCCGUCGAAGAGACGCCUAAGGACGAGUGA